UAGAGCAGUGCUAUGAUGCCUUAGCAAGGGGACUAUAUCCAUUAGAAUACGUCGGGAGUGUCUCAGCGGCCUGAAGGGUACCCGUAUGGAGAGGCGUACCUACUGUAUGGAGAGCUGUAUCUGGAACUAACUCACCUUAGUAGAGUACGGCAGGUAUCGCCGUGGUGGUUGCCGCAGUGUACCUUUACCAGUAGCAGCCCAGUCAUCGCUUGUUCUCCUCCGUCGUGUCGCAUUAACCACCCUCGAGGCUCUUCCUCUACAUUACUUAUUUGAACCCUCUCCCACUUCUUGACCCUCCUCCCACUCUCCUCAUUCUUCCCACAUCUUGACUCUUCCAUCCAAGCUCUUCGUCCAUUACCAUCUUUUCUCUUUUUUGCAAAGUCUCAACAGAGCAACUACCCCUCCCUCAAUCCCAAUAUACUUGUAAAAUCAGUCAAAAUGGUCAAGGCUGGUACGUACGAGCGCCGUCUCACUCACCCCUUCACCUUGAUGUCUGCCUAUGAUAUUCGCGCUCUUCACACCGUGAUGUUGUCUCUCAGCACUUCUCAGAGCAAUAAUUGACGUUUUGUAUAGUUGUCGCUGGCGCCUCUGGUGGCAUUGGUCAGCCUCUUUCUCUUCUCCUUAAGACAUCCCCUCAUAUCGACGAGCUCGCUCUUUACGAUGUCGUCAACACCCCCGGCGUUGCCACCGAUCUCUCCCACAUCUCCUCCCGCGCCGUGAGUCGACCCCGGAUUUUCCCCAGUCGAACAUGCAUAAUUCCCUUCCACCGAAACACACUAUUUGCUCACACCCUCUGCAGAAGACAACUGGCUACCUUCCCGCCAACGAUGGCGCUAAGGCUGCUUUCAAGGACGCCGACAUUAUUGUCAUCCCCGCUGGCAUUCCCCGUAUGUAAAGCUCUUACCCCGGACAUCCGGCGUUGGUCCCCGCGUGUCCGACCGACCCCGGAGCCCCUUCCCCAGUUUUUACUCUACUGACCACAUCCCCCGCACAGGCAAGCCUGGUAUGACUCGUGACGAUCUCUUCAACAUCAAUGCUGGCAUUGUGAAGGGUCUCAUCGAGGUUGCCGCCGAGGUCGCCCCCAAGGCCUUCAUCCUCGUCAUCUCCAACCCCGUCAACUCUACCGUCCCUAUCGCUGCUGAGGUCCUCAAGGCCAAGGGCGUCUUCAACCCCCAGCGUCUCUUUGGUGUCACCACCCUCGACAUCGUCCGUGCCGAGACCUUCGUUGCCGAGAUCACUGGCAGGGCUAACCCCCAAGAGCUGACCAUCCCCGUCAUUGGUGGUCACUCUGGAGAAACCAUCGUCCCUCUUUUCAGCAAGGCCUCGCCUGCCGUUCAGAUCCCUGAGGACAAGUACGAUGCUCUCGUGAACCGCGUCCAGUUCGGCGGUGACGAGGUCGUCAAGGCCAAGGAUGGUGCUGGCAGCGCCACUCUGUCAAUGGCUUACGCUGGUUUCCGAUUCGCCGAGAAGGUUCUCCGUGCCGUAAAGGGCGAGAAGGGACUCGUCGAGCCUAGCUACGUCUACCUUCCCGGAGUCUCUGGAGGUGGUAUCCCUGGAGGUGAGGCCAUCGCUAAGGAGACUGGCACCGACUUCUUCUCUGUUCCCAUUGAGCUCGGCCCCAACGGUGCCGAGAAGGCCACCAACCCACUGGAGGGCAUUACCGAGAAGGAGAAGGCUCUUCUGGCCAAGGCCACCGAGGGCCUCAAGGGCAACAUCUCCAAGGGUGUCAGCUUUGUCCACAACCCUCCCCAAAAGUGAAUACCCCCUAUUUGAUAUCUUCCCUAAUACCCAGUAAGAGGCUUCCAGAGCAGGCAAGGACACUCCUGAGGAGGCCCAUAGCUAUGGCACUAGACAUAGUAAUAUGAGUCAUGAGCACGAUUGCUGAUGAUAUGACUUUGCGCAGGCUGUGAAAUGUUCCGGGCGAUGAUUUACGGUCGAUGUCUUUAUAGCCCCGAUAUUGAUGAAUCUUGGGGACUGCUGCAGGUAUGAUUGGAGUUUUGGUCAAGGAUUGGUCUAAACCAUGGCGAAAUUUAGCUCUUGCGCGUUCAUGGCACUCGUUGGUCGGAUGUUUGGCGUGCUGUGCCCAGGCUUGGUAGAAGGGUAUCAUGGUAUUAUAGCUAGACAGACAAAUCCUUCAGGGCUUGUUUGGUAUGGUUUUAAUCUGAAACACGGCACCCGGCAACUCGUUGAUUUCAGCUUGGACACUGGUAUUGAUUCCAAGGGCAGCCAAUGCACCCCGUACAACACCGCAUGGGAACCACAAGAACUGCGGGGUGUAGCAAGUCAAUAUAAGAACAUAUUAUACGGAGAGAUCGGGGCUUUUUGGGACCAUACCGGUUGUGCGCGAACGAUUGCUUGGCCGCCAGCUUCUGUGCUCAUGCGCGAGAAGGGUCGGAAUAGGUUGUCGGUCAAUACGUAGACUCCCUGGCUCAAUAUUAGCGUAAUGUUCUCGUACCGCACAGAGAAAGAAAACGGACUCUGUGAUUUGUCUUCAGAUUGUCAAUAUUCUUGCCAAACACCA